AUGGGUGAGGAUGAUUCGAAGAAAUAUGAACAAGAUUCCCCUACAUUCGAUAACAUCAUCAAACAUCCAUUUACUUCUCUUUUAUGUUCUCAAUCAACUGAUCCACCCAUAACCACUUCACCAAUUCAAGAAUCAAUAUUUAUAGAGACUGAGAAUGAAUUUGAAGGUUGUGGAGGUACUUUUGAGAAUUUGGUAUUUGAUGAAGAUGAAGAUGAUUUCCCAGAUCAUAUGCUUAUGACAAUGAAGCAGUUUAAAAUAUUGAAUACAAAGCUGAAGUCCAUUAUACAAUCACAAGCAGAUCUUGGGGGAGGUAAUUAUGUGUCAAGUUUAAAAGUUGAUGGUUUAUUAAAAUUGAUAGAAGGAAGGACCACUUCGAAAGUUUCUUGUAUGCUCAAAGACUCUAAGUCUCGUAUUUUAGAGAAGGUUGAUCUGUGUGAUCAAAACAAUGAGCUGAGGGUGAAUUCUCAGAAGUCCACAUUUGAAGGAGAUUUGAAGGCAUUGAAAAUGGCGACCAAGGAACGUCAUGUAUUGUUUAUCCAAGAUGUCAAGAAGGUUCAUGAAGAUGUCAACUUCAAAAUUCAAGAGCUUCGUCAAAAUAUGGAUAAAGAGAUUGCAUGUGUUCGAACAAAAUAUGCUUCUCUAAUUCAGAAGGUUGAAAUUAUAUGUGAUGUUGUGACAAAAUUUGCCAAGUUGUAUGAAAGUUUGAGUCCUCAAGUAUCUUAA